CCGAGGUGAGAGGGCGAGUGCGGGGCCCUGUGGGAAGCCACCCAGAAGAGAAGGCGUUGGGUGAGUUUGCAGGGGCAUCCAGGGACUCAAAGCGGGCUACGAGGAGAGGAAAGUUGAGAACCGAAUGAGAAGCAGAAAGAGUAGCAGAUUUCACUUAAAUUCCUAUGUCCUCCCCUGAAAUUGCUUCCCUUUCAUGGGGACAAAUGAAAGUGCAAGGCUGUACCACAACCUAUAAGGACUGCAAAGUGUGGCCAGGGGGCAGUCGAGCCUGGGACUGGAGAGAAACUGGAACUGAGCAUUCUCCUGGCGUGCAGCCUGCAGAUGUAAAGGAGGUUGUCGAGAAGGGUGUACAGACACUUGUGAUUGGCCGAGGCAUGAGUGAGGCCUUGAAGGUGCCUCCAUCAACUGUAGAGUACCUCAAGAAGCAAGGCAUUGAUGUGCGGGUCCUCCAGACAGAGCAGGCAGUGAAGGAGUACAAUGGCCUGGUCGCCCAAGGGGUCAGAGUGGGAGGUGUCUUUCAUUCCACCUGCUGAUGGAACCCUAAGAGAGUAAUAAAUCACGAGGCAGUGA